ACCUUACCUUUUUAAAUUUCCAGACUCUUUCUUCUCUCUCUCUCUCUCUCUCUCUCUCUCAAAAACUGAAAAAAGAAAUAACCGAAAAGCUAACCAUCGGAGGAAUCUCUGAAAUCCGUAAAGUUUUCUUCUAUUAUCUGUUUAUUCAUGUAAGACGCUGGUAAGUUGAUGAAAUAGAAGGGACUUUCCAGGGAUCUGAGGAAGCUGUAGAGAUUAUGGCUUGUAGAGGGUGCUUGGAGUGCAUACUGAAGCUCCUUAACUUCUUGCUGACCCUUGUGGGUCUUGCCAUGGUUGGUUAUGGGAUUUACUUAUUUGUGGAGUAUAAAAGAGCAGAUGAUGAAACAUUGGCACCUGUAAGUGGUGAUCCGGGUUUGAUACAGCUUGGUCGUCCAGUGCUUAUGGCCGUGUCACUUUCGGAAAGUAUCUUUGACAAGCUGCCAAAACUUUGGUUCAUAUACUUAUUUAUUGGUGUAGGAGUGAUUCUCUUCCUCAUCUCUUGUUUUGGUUGUAUUGGAUCUGUAACUCGGAACGGUUGCUGCCUCUGUUGUUAUUCGGUAUUGGUUAUCCUGUUGAUAUUGGUAGAAUUGGGAUGUGCAGCCUUUUUUUUCUUUGACAAAAGUUGGAAAGAAGAACUUCCAACCGACAAAACUGGAGAUUUUGACAUGAUAUAUGAUUUCCUGAAAGAAAACUGGAACAUUGUGAGAUGGGUUGCUCUUGGAGUAGUUGUUUUUGAGGCCUUACUUUUCGUGUUGGCCCUUAUGGUUAGGGCUGCAAACAGGCCAGCAGAUUAUGAUAGUGAUGAUGAGCUCAUUGCACCAAGACAACAGAUCCGGCAACCUUUGCUUAACAGGCCACCACCAGUUCCAGCAACAGGUGUACCUGUUGCUGGUACUCUUGAUCAGCGAUCUAGCAGGAAUGAUGCUUGGAGUGCACGUAUGAGGGAAAAGUAUGGGCUUGAUACUUCAGAGUUCUCGUACAACCCAUCAGAGUCGCACAGGUUCCAGCAAGUGUCAUCACAACCUGCAGAAGAACGGAGCCGAUGCACCAUUAUGUGACAACUUAUUGGCCUUGGAUUGGUUUGUGUGGAACGAUUUCUUGGACAAGGGUGUGAAGAGUUUUGUUGUUGGAGUUUAUGUACAAUAGACAUUGUUCAGGAGUUGACGUAUCCUCACCCUUCCUUCUUUGUUAUCUUCUCAAAAACAACUUUCUGUAUGUUUCGCUAUUAAAUAUUCAAAAGGACUGUCCUGCUUUGUUUUUGCUUCA